ACUCAUUGGUUCACAUUUUGAUUUUUAAUUGUUUUUAAUUUUAGCUUUUCAUUGUUUUCCAUUCAUUAAUCGAUUUUUAGUUUAAUUGGAACAAUUCAAAGAUGGUUCUUCUUAUUGGUAGCCAAUCUGUGAUAUCCAUUACCCAUAAACCUCUGACAGUAACAAAAUAUAAUCUUGAUGGAAAUUGUGAUUCUCCGGUGUUACUAAGUCUUCCGCCGAUAGUUAAUAAUUCAAAUGGUCCUCCUGGUUCAAUUUCUCGUGGUGCCGAUGCUGAGGAAAGCUCUGAUGAUGACAAUGUCGAUAAUAUUGGUGAAAAUGGUGCCGAAUCAAAUUCUAAUACUGCCAAAUCAGAUGGAAAUGUGACUUGUUUUGCAAAUGAGAAAAGACAUGUUGUCUCAGGUGGAUUAUCUCCUUCUGAGAAGUUUUUAGUUUUAUGUGAUGAUCAUAAACAGUUAAUUGUAUACGAAGUUGAUUCUUGGAAAGUUAUGGGAGCCAUUAAGGUUGAAAGAAAAUGUGAUCAUAUUAUUUUCAAUGAGAAAGAGGAUAAAUUUAUUGUCUCCGAUCGUUCUGGUUGGAUUUAUGGUUACGAGAUUAAUGCUUUUAUUGACCAUUCGGAAAACAAAGGGAAAUUUCUUCUUGGACAUAACGCAAUAAUUUUGGACGUUAAAUUCAGCCCUGGAUCUAGAUUCCUAGCUACAUGUGACCGUGAUGAGAAGAUUCGAAUUUCUAACUUCCCAAAUUCUUAUAACAUUGAAUCAUAUUGUUUGGGUCACACAGAAUUUGUUUCAUGCCUCGGAUUUAUUGAUGACCAAACUCUCGUCUCUGGAAGCGGCGAUGGAACACUAAGAGUUUGGGAAUAUAUUAAAGGAAAAGAACUGAGCUGUCAUAAUUUCAAAGAUGAUUUGGAACUAAAUCAAAAGGACGAUAAAAUAGCACCAAUGGAAAUACACAUAACCACAGUCGAUGUAAUCGGAACCGUGGUUAUUGUUACUUUUUUCAAUUCACCAACAUUCAUUACCUACACUUAUGAUAAAACUACUAAGAGCUUAGUGAACUUGAUCAAGACCAAAGUCGAGGCCAAUAUACUUGGGUCAGCGCUCAAUAAUUGCGGUGGAUUUUUAUGUUUCAUCGAGCAACCAUUUUCCAUUGCAUGUUUUGAACUAUCGAUGUAUAAAGGUGAAGUUUGCCUGUUCGAAGCGAGUCAUAAACUGACCACUGCUCUUUUACAAAAUGUUAAAUUCGUCGAGGAAUAUAUUGUCGAAAGGAAACAAUUAACUAACAUUGGAUGGCUUUGGAAAAACUCUUACAACAAUCAGAAUGUAUAUUUGGAACGGAAAAAGGAGAGACAAGAAACACAGAGCAAGAAACUAAAAUCAAUCUGAAAAUCAACAAUUAAAACGAAAAUGAUAUGAAACUACAAUCAAAUAUUGCCACUCAUCGUCACUUAUCAAAUCAUCCACUGUAAAUUCACUAAUCAAUAUUUUGACCUCAUCAAAAUUAAAGACCAUUAAUUAAGUUAAA